UCGUGGCGCCAUUGGCUGUUGCCGUCAUCACCCGGCAGUAAUUGCAGAGGUCAACCCCACCCCCUUCCUCUUUCCCUCGGAGCGGGCCUCGGCAGCGGCGGCUUCUUCAGACAUGGCCAAGAUUAAGGCCCGAGACCUUCGUGGCAAGAAGAAGGAGGAGCUGCUCAAGCAGCUGGACGACCUGAAGGUGGAGCUGUCGCAGCUGCGCGUCGCCAAAGUGACGGGCGGCGCGGCGUCCAAGCUCUCCAAGAUCCGAGUGGUCCGCAAAUCCAUCGCCCGUGUUCUCACCGUCAUUAACCAGACUCAGAAAGAAAACCUCAGAAAAUUCUACAAGGGCAAGAAGUACAAGCCCCUCGAUCUGCGGCCCAAGAAGACUCGUGCCAUGCGCCGCCGACUCAACAAGCAUGAGGAGAGCCUGAAGACCAAGAAGCAGCAGCGGAAGGAGCGGCUGUACCCGCUGCGCAAAUACGCGGUCAAGGCCUGAGCCGCGGCCACAAUAAAGCACACUCACUGGC